UAGCAGUAAUUAGUAGUAACAACGGUAAGGUGCAGCAAUGAAGUUGGCAUGUGUUUGGAUCGCUUUUCUGGUGGGGUGUGUCUUGAGUGAACCCACGGUACGGGAUUGGUGGCAAAAGGCGGCCUUCUAUCAGAUUUAUCCGCGUUCGUUUAAGGAUAGUGAUGGCGACGGAAUAGGUGAUCUGAAUGGGAUUACCUCGAAACUUCCGUAUCUGAAGUCGAUCGGAGUGAAAGCGUUUUGGCUGUCGCCCGUUUACAAAUCGCCGAUGGUGGACUUUGGAUAUGAUAUAUCGGACUUUCGUGAAAUUCAGGAGGAGUACGGUACGAUGGCCGAUUUCGAGCGAUUGGUAGAGAGUGCCAGAUUGUUAGGUUUGAAGGUGAUUAUGGAUUUUGUGCCAAAUCAUUCGAGUAAUCUGCACGAUUGGUUCAUCAAAUCGGAGGGCAAAGUGGCCGGUUAUGAGGAUUACUACGUCUGGGAGGAUGGUUUGCCGAAUCCGGCCGGUGGACGAAAUCUACCUCCCAACAACUGGAUUCAAGCAUUCCGAGGAAGUGCGUGGGAAUGGAGCGACAAACGACAACAGUACUACCUGCAUCAGUUUACUGUCGAGCAGCCGGAUCUGAACUAUCGUAAUCCAAAGGUGGUGCAGGAGAUGAAGGAUAUUCUUACAUUCUGGCUGGAUAAGGGUGUAGAUGGAUUUCGAAUCGAUGCCGUUCCCACGCUGUACGAAGAUACGCAGCUACGGAAUGAGCCACUGAGUGGUCUGACGGAAGACACGCAGGAUAGCAAUUACCUGUUGCAUAUCUACACCCAAGAUUUGCCCGAAACCGUCGAGAUGGUUUACCAAUGGCGAGAGUUGGUGGAUGCGUAUCAGCAGCAGCACGGUGGGGAAACGAGAGUCAUCAUGACAGAAGCUUACUCUUCGCUGGAAGUCCUUCAAACGUACUAUCAAAGCGCCAGUGGGCGCUUAGGAUCGCACAUGCCAUUCAACUUCCGCAUAAUCACCGAACUGAACGAACAAUCGAAACCUUCGGACUAUGUGAAGGUCGUUCAAGAUUGGUUGAGCAUCGUUCCGACUGGAAAUGUCGCGAAUUGGGUGAUGGGAAAUCAUGAUCGUCCUCGGGUAGGCACUCGGAUGGGAGUGAGUCGUAUUGAUGCGUUAAAUAUGAUCCUGCUCAGCUUGUCGGGGGCUAGCGUAACGUAUCAGGGCGAAGAGAUUGGCAUGACGGAUGGAGUUAUCUCAUGGGAAGACACUGUGGAUCCCGCGGCAUGCAACGCAGGGAAGGAUUUGUAUGCCGAAAAAUCACGAGACCCUUGUAGGACGCCAUUUCAAUGGGACAGUUCAUCGAUGGCAGGUUUUACGACUGCAAAGAGCACAUGGCUUCCGGUGGGUCCACUAUACUUGGAGGUAAAUGUGCAGGUGCAGGAACAGGCCGAAAAAAGUCAUCUGAAGGUGUACAGAGCGAUGAUGGAACUAAGGAAGACGAAAACCUACCAAUUCGGAUCCGUAAAAGCUGUAGCGUUAAGCGAUACCGUGCUGGCCGUGGUACGAGAGUUACAGCACCAUAAUAUUUACAUUACGCUGACCAAUCUUGGCGAUAAAAUAGAGGUGAUAAAUGCCCUGGCACUUGCCGAAACUCUCCCGAGCAAGCUCCGCUUCGAGGCCGUCAGCGUGGGAUCACAUAACAUUCGAGGUGGAACGGUGGCCACGAAGGACAUUGUGCUGCUGCCCAAUGAGGCGUUCGUAUUGAAAGGAUACCUUGCACCGGUAGAAAAAUUGUACUCCUCUAUCUGCGAUCUAUGGCUGAGUUAAGUGUACUAUCCCUGAAUAAACAUUUAUCAACAAAGUUCCUUUAGCAAGUGACGCA